AGAGUGUGGAGAAAGAGCAGCUGUCAGCAGAGGACCGUAUGGCAAGGCGGGCUCCCUGAGAUUCUAUACUCCACUGAGAUUCUUUUACCGCUGUUUGCUGUUUUUACCUUGCUUUGUUUUUUAAAGUUUCAAAGGAUAGGCAGGUGACAUUCAUCUUGGCACCACCAUCUGCAACCAUGCUUCACUCUCCACUGAAAACCGCACUGGCAUAUGAGUGCUUCCAAGAUCAGGCCAAUUCAACUUUAGCUUUGCCUUCAGAUCACAAGUUAAAAACAAGAGGGACAGGAAAACAAAGGGUCCAGGAACAGGUGAUGAUGACUGUCAAGCGGCAGAAGCAAAAGUCCUCCCUUUCAUCAGCAUCAAAUGCAGCAGGACAAUCCAACCGAGGUUCGAUGUAUGAUGGUUUGUCUGAUGGCUAUAACUAUGGAACAGCCCGUGGUAGCUAUUAUGCCAAAGCCCACACAGGAACCAAUAACUGGGGCCAUACGAUGUACAAUGGAACGCUCAAAAGAAAUGCAGCUGAGAACAAACGCUAUAGUUCCUACAGCCAAAUGGACAGUUGGGGUAGCAAGCAUUAUAACAAGAUCUGCAGUCCUACACAUGCUGGCAGUGACUACUGCUUUGUGCAGAAUAUGAAGAGUAGUCGGAGUGAGCCAGACCUCUACAAUGACCCUCCACGAGGCACGCUAAGGAGAAAUCAGAGUGGAAGUCGGGUGAAUCACAAGGCCAGUCUACAUCGUCACAGCCUCUACAGCACUACAUGCAACAACCAGGAAGGAAUUUCAACCCUCACAAGGUCAAAUAAGAGAAUUCCAAUCCGCACCCCCUCUUGCACGUCUGCUAACAAGCAAGAUGCAGUCUAUGCCCAGCCUGUAGCCAGCAAGCCUGAUGCAAUCUACGGACAAGGUCGCUCCAAAAUAUGUCAUGAUGAAGUGGAAUAUGGAGCAAUGACCAUCCAGAAAGCCAUUCAACUCCUGUGUUCCUCAGAUGAGAAGAACCAGGCCAUGGGUGCCUACUACCUCCAGCAUACCUGUUUUCAAGAUGAAUCUGCCAAGCAAGAGGUUUACCGACUUGGAGGCAUUGCCAAGCUGAUUGAACUUCUGCGUAGUUCAGAUGAGAAUGUACAGCAAGCUUCAGCUGGGGCCCUUCGAAAUUUAGUCUUCAGAAAUCCAGCUAAUAAAUUAGAAACCCGCAGGCAGAAUGGAAUUCGAGAGUGUGUGAGUCUCCUGAGGAGGACUGGGAACACUGAAAUACAGAAGCAGUUGACAGGAUUGCUCUGGAACCUGUCCUCCACUGAUGAACUGAAAGAAGAUCUGAUACAUGAUGCUCUUCCGGUUCUGACUGAUCGUGUUAUUGUACCCUUUUCUGGAUGGUGUGAUGGUAUUAGCAAUAGAACAAGAGAAAUUGUUGACCCAGAAGUUUUCUUCAAUGCCACUGGCUGUUUAAGGAACUUGAGUUCUGCAGAUGCUGGACGUCAAACCAUGAGAAACUACCCAGGACUGAUUGACUCUGUGAUGACAUACACCCAGAAUUGUGUGGCAGCUAACCAGCCAGAUGAUAAGUCUGUGGAGAACUGUAUCUGUAUCCUUCAUAAUUUGUCCUACCGCCUGGAUGCUGAAGUGCCGAAUAAAUACACUCAUCUUAACCACUUGGCCAGAAACACUCACACAGAUAAAAGCUUGACAGGCUGCUUCAACAACAGAGGAAAGUUAGAGUAUGAUGAAUAUAAUCUACCGCUUCCUGAAGAGGACUAUAAACCUAAAGGUUCCAGCUGGUUGUACCAUUCUGAUGCCAUCCGCACCUACCUGUCUUUAAUGGAAAAGAGCAAAAAAGAUGCCACUCUGGAAGCAUGCGCUGGAGCUCUGCAAAAUCUGACUGCAAGCAGAGGAAUGAUGUCGAAUGCAAUGAGCCAACUAAUUGCCUUAAAGGAGAAAGGGCUGCCCCGCAUAGCAAGGCUCCUGCAAUCCAAUAAUGCUGAAGUUGUCCGAUCUGGAACAUCUUUACUGAGCAACAUGUCUCGACAUUCUAUUCUCCACAAAACCAUGGCUCACCAGGUGCUUCCAGAUGUGACUCGCCUUCUAGCCCUCCAGGCUCCAGGUUCUAGCAACUAUGGAGACAUCAUGACAUCAGCUUGCUAUGCCCUGAGGAACUUAAUCAUGCACAACCCACAGACGGCCAAGCCCUACUUGACUGGCAGUUUGAUAAAUAAUGUAGUAGGCCUGUGUCGAAAUGGAUCUUAUCCCAAAGCAGCUGAAGCAGCUCGAAUGCUGCUAUCUGAUAUCUGGUCAAACAGGGAACUCCAAUCUAUACUAAAACAGCAAGGAUAUGACAAGAAUAUGAUGGGAUCUUUAACAGGAAGCACUUUCAGGACUUUGUCUUCCAGAUUCUAAGAGACUUUGCAUGUUUGGAUUUCAGAGCAUGUAACUGGUUCCUGUCUGGAAUCUUCAAUCCUCAAGAAAUUAGUUAGGAUAUUAAAAGACUUACAGUAUUUUGAAAAUUCAACUAAAUUGUAAAAUUACGGAUGAAAAUUGUAUUGUCUAAUAUAAGUAUCUUAAAAUGUUUUAAUGAAUAUUUUAAAUAUAUUUUUCUCUUUUGUUAAAUUGGGAGACUGGUUAUUAAUGUUAUGUAUAAGCCAAUUUACCAAAAAUUGGGAUUUAUCAUUUUGAAUGACGUACAUAACAACUAGAUAUCUACUUCCCUAACCAAUGUCAAUAUAUUAGGAAAUGCUAGGGAAAUAGUGCCUAAUUGCAGCUUAAUUCAUUAAAAAAAAAGCAUGAUUUUUUUUUAUAAGUGUGUACAUUUUUAGAUAGCAUUAGGUAGACCUAAUUUUGGAUCUCUAGAUAUCGCUGGAUGACCAUUCUCAUCAUCCAAGAUCAGUAAAACUGCUUUGAAUGAUGGGGGCCCUUGGACUAUUUGGAAAUAUUUUCCAUAGAGUUCAGUGGGAUUUACUGCAAUAUAAAUGCCUAUAGAAUGGCAUCCUAAGACCAUUUUUGUACAGCCAUAGGUCUAUCUUACUGGUGAACAUCAGAUAGCAUUUUUAUUCACUCCCAUUUUAACUAAUUUCUGUAAAAUUAAUAACACCUAACAUGUUUAUUUCAUUUUCAAUAGCCAUUAUAUAUAUAUUUAGUGACAUAUUAUUCCUUUUUAUUGCUGAAUUUCCAUUCCCUCAAUGCCUCAAUAAGGGAACCCUCCACUAGUAUUGUCAUUAUAACCCCCAUAAGAAGUAUAAUCUCCAAACUAGAGAAUACCAGAUAGAGGAAUUCUGUCCAAAUUUUGUUUUCAUGGGUUCCCUCCUGCAUUCAUUCAUUUCUCUGCUUUGCUUUCAUAUUUCCCGAUUAUUGCUAUGCUUUUUCCCCUGUAGAUCAUUUAGAUGUCAAGAAGCAAAUUCACAUAAGAGAAGUAUUUCCUGAAGAGUUUCUUAAACUUUGUUUUUGAACUAUAUAUGAACAGAGGUUUUUUUUUUAAUUUUGUCACAACAAUAUACACAAGCAUCAACAUAAAAUAACUACAUAUCAUAUAAGCAUAUAUAUGAGCAAAAGUAUGCAAUAACUAUAUUAAUUUGAUAUAAUGAAAGGAAACAAUAGGACAGGAACGGUAGGCACUUUUGUGCUCUUAUGCACGCCCCGUAUAGUCCUCUUAGGAAUGGGGUGAGGUCAAUAGUAGACAGUUUUUGGUUAAAGCUUUUGGGAUUUUGAGAAGAGACCACAGAGUCAGGUAAUGUGUUCCAAGUGUUAAUAACUCUGUUGGAGAAGUCAUAUUUUCUGCAAUCAAGAUUGAAGCGGUUAACAUUAAGUUUAAAUCUGUUGUUUGCUCUUGUAUUAUUGUGAUUGAAGCUGAAGUAGUCUUCAACAGGAAGGACAUUGCAAUAGAUGAUUCUAUGAGUUAAGCACGGGUCUUGUUGGAGUCGGCGGAGUUCUAAGUUUUUUAAACCCAGGAUUUCAAGUCUGGUGGUAUAAGGUAUUUUGUUGUUUUCAGAGGAGCGGAGAACUCUUCUUGUAAAAUAUUUCUGGACAUGUUCAAUUGUGCUGAUGUCAGAUAUGUGGUAUGGGUUCCAGACAGAUGAGCUGUAUUCAAGAAUAGGUCUAGCAAAUGUUUUGUAUGCUCUGGUUAGUAGUGUAGAGUUUUUGGAAAAGAAGCUAUGCAAAAUUAGGUUCCUUCUACAGUUUUGGGGGGGAAAACCUGGAACUCUCAGGAUAAUACCUUACUACAUUUAUCCAUAACUACAAACUUCUGUAUGACUCUCAGUAGUGUAUCUCACAAAAAUGUAUCUUUCCUUUUAAAAAAAAUAAACUUAUCAGCUGAAUAUGCCUGCCAAGAUUAUAAACUCAGAAAGAAGAUAAGAGAAGUAACCUUAUCCUUUCAGUGUCUUAAAUGGAAGCCUAAUGAAAUUACAUUUUAAUAAGUUAUUAGACAAAUGAACAAGAUUUUGUUACAUUGCAAUAUUUCCAUUAGUUCAUCUUGACCAAUGAACAGUGGAUAAGGAAGGGAAAUGGUUGCAUUUCUUUUAGUUUUUAAUAAUGCAACCAUUAGGAAUGUCCUGUUUUCCAAAUAAUAUUUCCAUCUUUGUCCUCAUGAAGACAUUCCAUAAGUGAUAAAGAGAUAAUGCAUAAUCCAGUGAUAUAAUUUUAUUGAAAUGUUAUGAGCCGUGGUGGCACAGUGGUUAGAGUGCAGUACUGCAGGCUACUUCUGCUGAUCACCGGCUGCCAGCAGUUUGGCAGAUCGAAUCUCACCAGACUCAAGGUUGACUCAGCCUUCCAUCCUUCUGAGGUCAGUAAAACAAGGACCCAGAUUGUUGGGGGUGAUAUGCUGACUCUGUAAACUGCUUAGAGAGGGCUGUAAAGCACUAUGAAGCGGUCUAUAUGUCUAAGUGCUAUUGCUAUUGUCCUAUGCCUUGCUGAAAAUAUUUAUUCAGAAAUGAAUGUGAGAACAUUAAUAGAGCCCUACCUAUCUUAGUUUGCUGUUCUCAUACUGGCCUAUCAGAUAUUGAUUUGAACCCACAAUUGGGACAUGAACCCAAGAUUUCUAUUUUAUAAAUGUUUAUAAGUGAUACUUAAAAUAACACAUAAGCUUUAGGACUAGCUGUUAUUCAUAGACUUUUAUAUAUUAUAUCCAUGAACUGAUUUAUUUCUUUUCAAAACUAUUGAACUCACAGUCAUCAACACUUAAGAUAGCAGAUUCUGUGGUUUCUCUGUAUGCUGCUUUCUUUUAUUUUUUGGGAUUUUCCACAAUUCAGCAUACAAUAAUUUCCCUUAUCAAAGCAACUUAAAAAAACUGAAAAGGAUAUUGGAAUUCAGCGAACUUUAACUCAGGAAAACAAAUUAAAUAUAUCCAGAGCAUUUUCUGCUAAGUCACUUCUAGAAAAGCUUCUUUGGAGGAAAAAGGAGUUCUCUUGAACAAUACAGGAUGGAGUAGAGGAGUUAUUAGAAAAGUGAACCUUGUCCAAAUUUUAAAAAGCUAAAGAAAUGUAUUCUGAAUAGAAAGCUGGAGCAAAGCACACAGUGAUGAAGUUUGGGAAAGGAAGAUCAGGUGAGGAGAAGGCUGCUAAGUUGAGAGGAAGGAGACUGAGAUAGGUAUAAAAAUGGAGAAAUAAUGAUGCCUUGGAACUGCAAAGGUGAAGGAUGGGAAAAUUUAUUGAUUUGAAAUAUUGAUUUGAAAUGACCAAUUAAAUCUUUUGGCAACAGAUAUCUGUGUUGACUAUAUUCAGUUUUAAUGAAAUCAAUCAAUAGUAAUUAAUUACAUUGAUACAAACAACCAGCACCAAAUUUAGAGACUCAGGUUCAUUAGGGGUCAUAAAAUGAAUAUGACUACAACAACAACAACUCUUGAAGUAAGAACUACCCAAAUGUAUAAUGUUGUUUUAGCACAUCCUGGAAAAUUUAAAUGGUGGUGCAGAAGGUUGUCUCAAAGCACAGUGAGGAAUCCUGGACCAUGUUCGUGGCAAUGCUGGUUUUGGUAAGGAAUGACAGCACUUCAAGCCAAUGAACUGAUAAUAGGCCUCCUGGCACUUUCUUAUAUAUGAACAUACAAUUAGAUAUCAACACAUCAGAUUGGUCAACAAGGUUCUAACAACAUUAUUCAGAAACCCUAACAACAUUAAGAAUAAUAUUGGGAUCUAAAAUUGAUUUGCAACUUUGAAUUAAUAGCAGCAUUUGAUUCUUUUAGUUAAAUGAUGAAAUUAGCAGGAACUAUCAAGUAUCCAUUGCUACUUCUAGAACAAAUUUUAUAGUUCUUUAAUUCAUAUGAUAAGAUGCCAAUUACAAUAUUUAGGACAACCUUCCAUGAUGGCUUAAUUAAUUCUGUAAUUUAUAGUGAAAAUAAUUUGAAGAGUAUGAGGAAGGAUAUACAGAAACAAUUAUAUCAAAAGCUUUAUUUUGUUCAUACCACAGAGUCUUUUUCCCACUUCUGUAUGCAGUUAAAAAAAUAUAUCUGCUGUAUAUGUAAUUUGUGAUUGGCCAAAAUUGUUUAUGGAAACAGAUCAAGCAUAACCUUUGGCCUGGCUGCAUAAAAGCCAAAUAUAAGAAGGAGUAAUGGCAUAGGAUUUGACUAAUUGUAAAUAGAUUAGUAGUUGUUAUAGUUUCAACAUAGACAAAGCACCUAUUUUCCUCAACAGGGCUUGCUUUGUUUUAAGCCUCAUAAAAAGCCAAUAAAAUGAUGUAUUGAAUGUCCAGUGCAUCAUUUCAGAAGACUUGUGUACACAAGCAAAAUUUUUGCUAGAAUUAUUUUUAGUUGUAAUAUUAGUGGUCUUUUUUCUAACAUCUAUGCAAAGCUGUAAAAUAUAUGUGCAAAGAAUCUCAUCCUACCCUUGUUGUUUUUUCUGUACUAUAUGUGUAUUUGCUUCAUUGGAACAUCUAAAGUUAAUAAAGUACUGAAAGUCUCUUAA